AUGUCUGAAUUUGGCAUCGUCCGACUUGUGGAAAAGUACACAGAGAGCGCGGGACGGCUGCCCGUGUGCCUGAUGCGUAGGUGUGAAGCAGAAGGAAAUUUCUCUCGGCUACCAGGCUGCGGUGGGGAGAUGGGCGUGUGGCUCCUCUUCGCCGUCCGAUGUGGAGGAAUGAAGUUGAAGCUGUGUGAAGAAACCAGAGCUGGAGUUGGUCGCAGUGUUGCGUGUGGGCUUGCAGGGACAGCAGUUCUUGCAAUUGGACUAUGGCUUCGGUUUGAUUCACAGACCAAAAGCAUCUUUGAACUGGAAUCCAACAACACAACGUUUUACACAGGAGUUUACAUCCUUAUUGGAGCUGGUGCACUUAUGAUGCUGGUUGGUUUCUUGGGAUGCUGUGGUGCGCUGCAGGAAUCUCAAUGUAUGCUUGGCCUGUUCUUCCUCUUCCUUUUUGUGAUUUUUGCCCUUGAAAUUGCUGCUGCAAUCUGGGGAUUUGCGAAUAAAGAAAAGGUUACUGAAGAGUUAAAGGACUUCUACAUGGAAACCUACGGAAAGAGGUCUCAACCAGCUGCCAGAGAGACCCUGAGAGCGUUUCAGUUAGCUCUAGACUGCUGUGGUGUUACAGGAGUUCUUGAGCAGCAGUUCAUGGACACCUGUCCAAAGAAGACCGUGCUCGAGUCGCUUUCUGCAGUGCCGUGCCCUGCUGCCAUUGAUGAUGUCUUCAAUUCGAAAUUGAAUGUGAUUGGAGCAGUUGGCCUUGGCAUUGCUGUAAUAAUGAUCUUCGGCAUGAUAUUCAGUAUGGUUCUCUGCUGUGCUAUCCGCAGAAACAGAGAAAUGGUUUAAGAGCUAAAAAACCCAAGACUGCUGCACUAUAAAAUCUUUGUCAUUAACUUUAGCGUUCUGAAAGCAUUUCUAAAAAGUUAUAUAUUUGUUACCUUUUUAAUGCUUUACUUGGUACUGAUGUAGGUUUGCUUUUUUACGUUAUAGGUUAAAAUUAUAAAGGUAUAUCUGACUCAAGACAAAUAUUGUACAUAAAAUAUCUGACUUUCUUGAAACUUAUGUAAUUUGGAUGUAAUUUAUGUUGGAGACAAUUUGAUACUUAAUAAAGAGUAAGAU